UCUGACCCACACCCCUGUAAUUAUCUCAGACAGUGCGGGGGCUUAGACAGUAUUUUCACGAUACUUUGGCAUCUUCUUCUUUCAUUUGUUUGUGUAUUUAUUUAUUUUAUUUAUUUUGCCUGUCUCUUUAGGGCUGGGGAGCCUGUGUGUGUGUGUGUGUGUGUGUGUGUGUGUGUGUGUGUGUGUGUGUGUUCCUCCACAGUGCCAAAAAAAAAGUGCUGAGGAGUCCUAGGGAGACGAGGCUAUUUUUGUUUGAAGCUGAUACUUCUAGCUGAGCCACAAGUACUGCUUGGAAAGGGCUUAGGUUGUUUCCAGGGGGAGAACUCUGCAGAGAAGAGGCAAAGUUCAACAGGACCAGAAAAGCAGCUGAAAACGGCCAGGAAAAGCAAGAGCCCUCACGUUAACCCUCUACCAGAGUUCUCCAGUCCUACCGUAUUCUGCAAAGUGCCACUUGACUGCGACUUUUCACCUGAUUGACUUCCCCAUCCACCAUGACUGAAAUCACUGCCGAAGGAAAUGCAUCUACAACCACAACUGUGAUAGACAACAAAAAUGGAUCUGUGCCCAAGUCCCCUGGAAAGGUGCUGAAGAGGACUGUCACCGAAGACCUCGUGACAACCUUCAGCUCCCCUGCAGCCUGGCUUCUGGUCAUUGCUCUGAUAAUCACAUGGUCAGCUGUUGCUAUCGUUAUGUUUGACUUAGUCGACUACAAAAACUUUUCAGCAAGCUCCAUUGCCAAGAUUGGCUCAGAUCCUCUAAAAUUUGUAAAUGAUGCUGUGGAGGAAACAACUGACUGGAUCUAUGGCUUCUUUUCUUUGCUGUCUGACAUUAUCUCAUCUGAAGGUGAUGAAGAAGAUGAAGAUGCAGAUGAAGACACUGAUAAAGGAGAAAUAGAAGAACCUCCCUUAAAAAGGAAAGAAAUCCACAAAGAAAAGGCUGAAAAGCAGGAGAAACCUGAGAAGAAAAUACAAACUAAAGUUUCACCCAGAGAAAAGGAAAAGGGAAAAGAAAAAACAAAAGAUGGAGAAAAAUCUGAGAAGAAAGCAACUCAAAAGGAGAAAGUUGAGAAAAAAGAAAAAGCAGAGGCAAAGACAAAAGAAGACAAGAAAAUAAAGACUAAGGAAAAGACUGAAGAAAAGACUAAGAAGGAAAUGAAAGUUGGGAAACAGGAGAAAGGGAAGCCAGCAGCUGCAAAAGUAAAAGAAACUCCGAAAACGACAUCAAAAGCCAGGGAGAGGGAUGACAAAGAGCCUGCAGCUGUGCCUGAGCAUGAACAGAAAGAUCAGUAUGCAUUCUGUCGAUAUAUGAUUGACAUGUUUGUCCAUGGGGAUUUAAAACCAGGACAAAGCCCAGCCUUACCACCACCACCACCGGCAGCACCAGCUUUUAGACCUGCUCUGUCAACUCCAGCUCCUCAAGAAAAAGAAGAGGAGACAAAGAAAGCCGAGAAGAAAGUUACUUCUGAAAUGAAAAAGAAAGUAGAAAAAGGAGACACCAAGAAGAAAAGUGAGAAGGAAACCGCCAUUGAUGUGAAAAGCAAAGAGACAGGCAAAUCUCCUGAAACCAAGCAAACAAUUGCUAAAGUUACAGCACAAGUACCUAAAAAGGAAGAAAAGAAAGAAGAUUCCAAGAAAGCAAAAAAGAUUCCAGAAGCAAAGUCACCAAAAAAGGAACAUCCAGCUCCAAGUGAAAAACACGGGAAAACAAAAGCUGAACGAUCCAAAGAAGAGAUUGAUGCUGCCUCCACCAAAAAGGCUACACAUGGAAAGAAAGAAGAGAAAGCCAAGACAGUGGAGCAAGAAAUGAAAAAAGAAAAAUCUGGGAAGAGUUCUUCAGUUCUGAAAGACAAAGGGAGUUCAAAAGGAAGAUUGGCAUUUACGUCUAAUACCAACUUUUCAGUACCUGAAACUAAAAAAGGUGAAAAGAUCUCCAAACCAGGCAAAGAUGCAAAGUCCAAACCACCACAGCCACAAGUGAAAAAAGAAGAGAAGAUAGAGUUGCAAGUUAUAAAGGAAACAAAACCAGCACCAUCUGACAAAGUCCAAAUACGCAAGCAGCAUGAUUCCAGAUCAGAGCCAGCUGUUCCUCACGGCAAAGCAGAACAAAAAGUUCUCAAGCAGGUCAAAGCUAUUAUAGCAGAAAAGACAGAAAAAGGUGAACCCCAAGAAAAAGAGCUUCAGUCUAUAAAAACAGAUAAGCCUACGCCAUCUCCAAAGGGGUCAUCAGAAGUCGCAGACUCAGGGAAAAAGAAAGUUGAAAAAUAUCAAAAGGAAAGUAAAGUUUCCACAGGACAAGAAAAUCUUCAGGUGCACAAUGUGACUAAAGCUGAAAAACCUGCAAAAAUACCAAAAGAUUCCAAAGACUCACCAGCCUCAAAGAGAGACAAAGAAGAUUCCAAAGACUUACCAGUUUCAAAAAAAGACAAAGAAGUAACUGCUGAUGCACCUUCCCCAAAGAAGCAAAAAAAUCCUAUCAGUUUCUUUCAAUGCGUCUACUUGGAUGGAUACAAUGGCUAUGGAUUUCAGUUUCCUGUCACUCCUGCCCAGCGUCCUGAAGAGAACUCUGGCAAACCCAACUCCCCAGGACAGAAGCAGCAAGGACAAUAGACACUCAUGCAUGACCCUGACAACUGCAUUAAUGUGAUGAAAAUGGAUACUCCUCUUUAGUCCAUGGUGGCACACCCAAUGAAACUAUCCAAUGUGGAGAUUUCUUUGAAAACAUCCUUCUGCCUGUCAUAGAUAGAUGGCAUGGACAAAGGGGUUGACUAAUAAGCAAAUGUGUUGGAGGGUCUAAUGCUCAAGAAUUUUCAUGUGUGUCUGUUGCUGUGGGUGGAGUAUUUACAUUCAGUUGUUAAUAUUCACUGAAAGGUUACAUUGAAGUUUAUUUCGUACUGGUCUUUUAAAUGUAAUUGGCCAAUUACAAAAUGAAAUUUCUGGUUUCAGGUAGAUAAUUUUUAAAUUGGUAGCAUACUAUGCUCUAGGCUUAAAUAGUACAGAAAUAUAUAUAAAAGUUGGUCUUCUGCCUCAUGUGAGUAAACUCAGUUUACCCAAAGACCUAUGUAUAUCAUUACAUUCAUGUCUGUUUCUAGUUCAGUUGUGGCAAGGUUCUAUAAUAGGUAUGACUCACACCAGGGUGUUGUAAGUCCCUUGUCAUAUUCUUAAAUCUCAAAGUAUCAGAUAGACAGGACAUGACAAAGAACAAAUGCUUGAUGAAUCUUAUUUAUGAGGUUUGUCUUUGCCAGUUAAGACAUUCUCUCCUGUAGAACUACACUUGCAGUUAAGCAUGUCUGAUAAAUUUUUGUUUAAUAUGCAAGUGAAGGAGAUAAGAAAUUUUCACUUCUCUAGAUUGUUCUCCAGUGAAAACAUCAGCUGGGUGAAUGUUUAGAUCAAUCAACAAUCGUGGGUGACCGAGUCAAACACAGUUUAUGUGUCAAUACAUUCUUUCUGUGAAAUUAAAUGUUUUCUUUUUCAAAUGGAAACAAUACAAAUGAUGUAAAAAGUUCAAGUGAGACAUUUUGGUCCUAGAUAUACUCAUAAAAUGUCUUACUUUCUUUUGACUGACUGGAUAUAAACGCCAGUUAAAUGGAUGGCAGUUUUUAACUUACUAGUCCAUGUGUCUCUAUAAAUAACUGUUGAGAGUGUUCAUCUUCAUGAUGAUACAAAUACUCAAUUUUAAUGAACUUUUCUUAUAAACUCUACAAAAUAUGUCUGUAAUUUUUCAUCACAUUUCCAGUUGCAGCUAAACUUACAGGAAAUGACCUGAAAUAUCAUUACUGGCACUAUCAUUAGCUCAGCAUUGGCUGAGCUACUCAGUAAGUGAACUAACCCUGUGACUGGUUUUCAAACAAUGCAACCAACUACACUUCUUGAAAUCCAAGAUAUCAGUCAGUUUUAUCACUCUUUUGGUAAGGCGUGGAUCUUAUACUUAGCAUUAAUGCUGAAAUGUCAGCAAUUUUUGUAAAAAAGGCAGUUUUAAUCAGAUGCUGAUGGACUUAAUUCACACCAAAAAGCCAACACUACAAUGAACUAGAUUAAUGGAACCACUUGGAGGGGAAGGGAGAUCUGGAAAUACAUAAUUUCAGAUCUGAGCAGAUGUACCACCUUCCAAAGCUCCUUCAUUCAGUAACUCAAGUUUACAAGGAUGACAGUGGAUAAAUGGCUCUCCUUAGAUGUGAUUUCACCUAUUCAAUUUCCUGAGUCAAGAAACAGAGAGCAAAUGUGACAGUUGUUUUACAAUUCAUAAGACAGGAUAGAUUAUCCGCUAUGAUAUUAUCAUUCAGAGACUAUGUCCUAAGCACUUAGUCUUUCUAAUCUUUGUCAGGUACGUACUAUAUUGUGUAACAAAAUACAGCAAUAGUCUCUACCUAGUGCUAUUAUGGCACAGUAAAUGACUUGGAAUAAUUGCUAAAUGGGCUGGGGCUGUAUCUUCACUAGUGAAGGAGAAUCAUCAAAACAAACAAGCCAAUACUUCACAGAACUACUGUGUCUUAAUAUAGAUAUGUUUGAAAAUAUAUUCUGAAAUUAUGAUUUUGGAGAUGACACUAAUUUUAUCUCCAUGGGUUUUUAAAUAUCAUCAUCUAUUUUCUUUAUGAAACGAAUUGAUAAAAAUUAACAGAUGUUGUUGUAAUUGUAGAUUUAGAGAAACCAAUUAUGAUGCAAUUAACAUUAACAAUAAUUGUUAAAGUUUGCCUGAAAUUUUAAUGAUGGCUAUAAUUUGAAAAUGUCAUUUCAACUAUCAUCUGUUUCUAUCUUUACAUCAAUAAAAUAUUUCUGGCCCUUUUGGGUUUAA